AUGGCCGCAAACAAUGGUUUCACUGACCUAUCAAGCAUUAAACCAUUCAAGACCGCGUGGAAAAUCAAAGUGAAGAUUAUCCACACGUGGAAACAGUAUAAUACCUACACAAGAGAGACCAUUGAGGCUAUCCUUGCUGAUGUAUCUGGAACACUGACUCAUGCAACAAUCAAGAAGCAACAGUUGACCAAGUUUCAACGUCUCAUUGUACAUGGUGAAUGGAGAACCAUUGAAAAUCUACAGCUAAUUAGAUCUGCUGGAAAGUUCAGAGCAACAAAACAUCCUUACAAGAUGUCCAUUAUGAAUUCAUCGAUCAUAUCAAAAUGUCCUCCAUUGUCAAAUGAUUUCUAUUUGGAUGUAGCCACCUUUGAAGACAUCUUAGAUGAAGAUGUCUUGAAUGAACACAUCUUAAUUGAUGUGCUUGGCCAGGUUGUCAAUGUAGGUGAGAUUAAAACAUCUUCACAGAAUGACAAACCAAAAAAACGAUUGGAGGUUGAAUUGAGAGACACUAGCGACCAACGUUUAUCAUGUACUCUAUGGGGCAAGUUUGCAGAUACAAUGUGGGAUGCAUGCCAAAAACUAGCAGCUGGAUCGGUUGUCUAUUUGCUGCGAUGUGCUAAAAUCAAUACAUAUAAUGGAGAGAGAUCUGUUUCAAAUGCAUUUGAUAUGUCGCUCUUGGAAAUCAAUCUAGACCAUCCAAUUGUUGGAGAUUUCAUAGCAGAGUACAUACUUUGUCUUGAUGUUAUGGACACUACUGGGGAAACCAAAUUCAUCUUAUUUGAUACAAAUGCGCAAAAGAUUGUCAAUCAUAGUAUAACAGAGCUCUUAGAAGGGAAUUUUCAAGAGAUAUCAGACCCGACUAAUGUCCCAAUGCCACUACAAAAUUAG